AUGCCUAAUUAUUGGGUUUGGAUUUCUCAUGGAGAAGAUUACGAUAUUCUAAAUAAUUUUUCUGAGGUUCCAGAUGGUUUUAUAGAUACUGGUCAUGAAGAUCCCUUGCAAGCUGAAACUGAUACGGAGCCAGUCAAUCCUUAUGUGGCUAUGGCUUCUGAUGCUUUUCCUCAUAUGGAGGAAGAGCCGAAUGCUGAGGCAAAAAAGUUUUAUAAUAUAUUAGAUGCUGCAAAGCAUCCAAUAUAUAAUGGAUGUAAAGAAGGUCUUUCGCAACUGUCACUAGCAUCUCGACUCAUGAGCUUGAAGACAGAUUAUAAUCUGCCUCAAAACUGUAUGGACUCCAUUUCUCAGAUGAUGCAAGAUUAUUUACCUGAAGGCAACAAUUCAAUGAAUUCAUAUUAUGAUAUAAAGAAGCUUAUGCGGUCGUUGGGUUUGCCUUAUCACAAAAUUGAUGUUUGUCGAGAUAAUUGCAUGAUAUUUUGGAAGGAUGAUGCGAAAGAGGAGAUGUGCAAAUUCUGUAGGAAAGACAGAUUUCGACCUAUUCAGAAGAGUGGGCAGAAAAAGGUUGCAUAUCAACAAAUGUUUUAUUUGCCAAUAGCUGAUAGACUACAAAGACUAUAUCAAUCAGAUAAAACUGCAAAAGAUAUGAGGUGGCAUGCAGAACACACAUCGAAUGCUGGAGAGAUGUGUCAUCCCUCAGAUGGAGAAGCAUGGAAACAUUUUAAUAAGGUAUUUCCUACUUUUGCUGGUGAACCAAGAAACGUGUACCUUGGCUUAUGCACAGAUGGAUUCAGUCCAUUUGGUAUGUCUGGACAUAACUAUUCUCUGUGGCCUGUUAUCAUGACUCCUUAUAAUCUACCACCAGAGAUGUGCAUGAAACAAGAACUUAUGUUUCUAACGAUUCUUGUUCCUGGUCCAAAUCAUCCGAAGAGAAGUCUGGAUAUUUUUCUUCAGCCCUUGAUAGAAGAGUUGAAGGAUUUGUGGAUUAAUGGCAUUCAGACAUAUGAUAUUUCUACCAAGCAAAACUUUCAGUUACGGGCAGUACUUAUGUGGACAAUUAGUGACUUUACAGCUUAUGGUAUGCUUUUUGGGUGGACAACUCAUGGUCGACUGGCAUGUCCGUAUUGUAUGGAUCAGACAGAUGCAUUUCAGUUGAAAAAUGGUAGAAAAACAAGUUGGUUUGAUUGUCAUCGACGUUUUUUACCGGCUGAUCAUAGCUAUAGGAGGAACAAGAAGAACUUCAAAAGAGGAAGGGUUGUUGUUGAUGGUCCACCUGAAAUACUUACAGGCGAGGAAAUCUGGAAUGAAGUCAGUCAGUUGCCAAAAACAGUUGGUUGCAGAGGAAACCAUGGGAAAUUAAAAGGAUACGGUGAAACUCACAAUUGGCAUAAGCAGAGUAUAUUUUGGGAGCUACCAUAUUGGAAAGACCAUAAACUUCGUCAUAAUCUUGAUGUGAUGCAUAUUGAAAAAAACUUUUUUGAUAACAUCAUCAAUACUUUGUUGAAUGUGCAAGGGAAGACGAAAGAUAAGAUCCAAUCACGACUUGAUUUGGCAGAGUAUUGUAAUCGCAAAGAGCUGCAUUUAACAGCUGAUGGAAAGGCACCAGUCCCCAUUUUUAGACUGCAAAACGAUGUGAAAACAACUUUUCUAAAAUGGCUCGAAAAAGAUGUGAAAUUCUCUGAUGGAUAUGCAUCAAGUCUAUCCAAAUGUGUUGAUUUAUCAAGUGGGAAAUUAACAGGAAUGAAAAGUCAUGAUUGUCACAUUUUAAUGCAACGGCUACUUCCAGUUGCAUUUGCCGAGCUGAUGGAUAAAUCAGUUCAUGAAGCACUAUCAA